AUGUCGCAGUCCCAGUCGCAAGAGCGCGCCGCGCAGGCGCCAACAGCGUCGCAAACAACCACACAAACAACUCCGCCAGAGACCGCGCAGAGUGCGCCGAGAGUGCUGCGGCUAAGAGGAGGGAAUACCUCAAACGGGAGAUCAGUGCAGUGGGCAGAGGACGUGGUUGACAAUGAAGGGCUGGGGAGGAAGAGCUCGAAAGUGUGCUGCAUAUACCACCGACCCAAAAGAGUCGAUGAAUCCAGCGACGAAUCUUCGUCGGACUCUUCAUCUUCAGACUCAGAUUCUGACUCUGAGCCAGAAAGAAAAAGGAAAGUCGGCGGUGGAAAAGACGACGGCUGCGGUCACAAUCACGAUCAUGAGCACAACCACAGCCACAGGCGUGGCAGGAGAACGAAUGGCAAGAAGAAGAGGGCACCAAGCCCGAACGCCUACGAAAAGAUACCUAAACAAAAGCCGAGAGAUACGAAUCAAGAAACACCAAAGUAA